GCGAAACAAUGCCUCUAUUCGGUAUACUGUGAGCUUUAAGUUAAAACAACAGGUAUUCUUCGUGAUGAUUCAUAAAUAAAUUCCAACCAUCUUAUAAUCUCUGUCAUUUUCUUAGCAUAGAGGAAUUCAUCUAGCCCGAGUUCGAGAUUCUACCCCGCAUCUCCGGCCCCCAAACUCAAUUCCACCAUGACACUCACACUUCGUCCGGCAACUGCUGUCGACGCAGAAGCCCUGACAAACAUCUACUUCUCAGCUUUCAGCGCCGACGAAAUCUCUCUCCUCUGUUUCCCUCGCUCUUCCGUAACAUGGGCCUGGUGGUACAAUUCCGUUAUCACCGAAAUCCAAGACCCCUCGUCCCAUUUCCUGUGCAUCUAUGAUUCUUCCUCUCCGACUUCAAAAAUUGUCUCGUACGCAAAGUGGAAUGAUACUUCUGCUCCUGUGGCCACGAUUAACGACUUACCGGAAUGGCCUCAGGGUUGUGAUGUAGACGUUGCGAAUCAUUUCUUCGGGACGCUAAUAGAAAGACGCAGAGAGAUUAUGGGAGAAAGAAAACAUUGGUAUUUGGAGAUAAUCGCUACAAGGCCAGAAUGGCAGAGCAAAGGAGCAGCUGGAAAGCUGAUGAGAUGGGGAUUAGAGAAGGCGGACGAGGAAGGAGUUGAGACGUAUUUGGAGGCUAGUCCAGUGGGGAAGGAGGUCUAUGAGCAUUUUGGGUUUGAGGAGAAGGCGAGAUUGGUAGUUCCAGUGAAUGGAAACAAUGACUUCGUGGAGUGUAUGAUGGUUAGAUCCAAGAAGGAGAAGGUGAAUGACGCAUAGAAUUGCGUGGUUAUGGGGAGUCCAAAAGUUACGCGGAUCAUAAAACACCUGAGUGUCUAAAAGUCACAAAGAUUUUGGCAUUCAAUUUGCAAUACCAUAAGUCACCUUACAUAUAGUUCAACCAUUCCAAACUUCAACAAUAAAGCACGACAAGGUCAUUGUUGUGUUGAUCCCUCAAGUUUAUCUUCGAGGCCCAUAUAGUCAUCACUGCAAAGAAAUUCGUGUUUUA